AUAUUCCAACAAGAUUAUUGUGAUAGUGGUACGUUCUUCGAAUUAUUCGAUAAAUAAUAGAAUAAUUCCAAGAUUAAAACAAUAUGAAUAAUUUUUCGUCGCAUAUCAUUAUCGCCUUAUCAGUCUGUAUAAAAUGGACAGACAUUGCUGCUCCCCAUCUAACAGUACGAAAUAUUGUUCUGAACUAGCAGACAUGGUACGUUACGUAUUAAUUUUUUUGCUUCCAUUCUUCAAUUUGGGAGAAAGUCUAAAGAAUGGACAGUGCACAAGGUCUCCGGAGAAGACUAAUAUUGAUCUGAAUAUAACGGAUGGGCGUAUUACAGGAAUAACAGGUGUGACAGCGGAAGAAAAUAAACCAUACAUUGCUUUCAAAGGUAUACCAUAUGCUGAACCACCUGUGAACAACCUUCGGUUCGAGCCUCCUGUAGCGAAAAAGCCAUGGAACGGUACAUUGAACUGCACCUACGACAAAAGCCAAUGCAUUCAAGGAAGCAAUCCUGUAGCGGGGUCAGAAGAUUGCCUUUUCAUCAAUGUUUACACAAGAUCGCUGACUGGAAAAUCUGGGGUAUUGGUUUUCAUCCAUGGUGGAACGUUCAUAACAGGAAAUUCUUCGGAAACACUUCAAGGACCAGACCAUUUUCUGAACGAAGGCAUGGUGUUUGCCCAAUUCAACUAUCGAUUGGGAGUUUUUGGAUUUAUAAGUACAGAAGAUUUGGUAGUUCCUGGAAAUUUGGGUCUAAAGGAUCAAGUUGUUGCUUUGAAAUGGAUACAAAAAAAUAUUGCAUUUUUUGGAGGUGAUCCUAAGAACGUUACCCUUUUUGGACAGAGUGCAGGAUCUUCAUCUAUUUCAUACCAUAUGCAAUCUGAAUUAUCAAAAGGAUUAUUCCAAAGAACUAUUAUGGACAGCGGCACAUCUUUAUGUUUAUGGUCUCUUGCCAGGGAUUCCAGAUCAACAGCAUUCAAAAUUGGCAGCACGUUAGGAAUAGUAACCAACAAUUCCACUAAAUUGAUAACAGGAUUGAAGAAUAUCAGUUACGAAGCGCUUCAAGAGGCCAGUUCAAGAGUUUAUACACAGGUCACCUUAAACAAUGUUCUUGACGGUUUCGCAUUUGGACCAGUACAAGAAGUAGUUCAUGAUGGAGCAUUUUUCACUGGUAAAAGUGAGGAAAUGUUGCGAACAGGAAAAUAUACGAAGGUUCCAAGUCUUCU